AUGGAUGCUGAAGACUAUCAAAGACAUGUUGCUAUGAACGAUAUCUGUGGUCGCAGAUAUGGACUUUGGGGCGAGGGAGAGUGGACCAAUUUAGAGGAUCAGUGGACGAAAUGGUUGGAAAAGGUAUCUGAGGGUCUUGUCGUCUUGCGGAAAGAUCAAAAUGGGAAAGUGAUUGGUACUGUAGUUGACAGGAGGGUAAAAAUAUGCCCCAAAUACCUUGAAGAAGGGCCCCAUUACUCUCUUGGCUCUUGUCCGCGAUGGCAUAUUUGUAAAAGGUUCCUUGAAGAUAAUUGUCGAGGUGGAUGUAGCCGUUCUCAUGACUUCUAUGAUGAGAGUAACAGAGACAAGAUAGAACGAUUUUUUCUUGAGUUGUUUCCUAAUGAACUUAUCAGAAGGAUCGUUAGCUACAGCCUGCCUCAAGUUUGCCUCCUGUUUUUGAACGGAAAAUGCAAUUACGAUGGUUGUCCGUACCUUCAUAUUUGUCCUAGUGUGGUAGGAAAGUUUAAUUGCCAAUGUUCUCUGACACACAACAACGCUGGUCUAAGUUUGCAUAACAAGGAAGUUCUACAAAGGUACUGGCUACAGGCAAGGAUCACUGAUUUUGCUCUUUUGAAUAUUUUGGUGCCGGUCGAGCAAAGAAAUUUUAAAUCAAGCGUAACUGUGAUACGUAUAUAUUGCCCGAAUUUGAAGUUACCCAUAUUUGAGGAUCCCAAAGGCGCCUUAAAAAUACCUAAUGCAAAUGCAUUUGUUAUUGACAAUCUCAUUACACGUUCUACUUUAGGAAAAGACAAUGCUGUGGCACAGAGGUAAGCCAUUGAGAUUUUCUUGUUUUGCGUUAAUCUCCAACACCUUUUAGGGUUUUUUGAAAUUUUCUGAUAAGCUUACCUGUCAUUUGAUUUUUCUUGGGAAUUCAGCGUUGCUUGUAAGUAACUGUUCGCGAAAGCGGUGGCCGCUGUUGUUGCAGGGGGCUUUUCCAAACGUUCCUUCCUUGCCUACAAACCUCGUCAAAAUUCGUCGAAACAUACCGAUCCUCUUUUUAAAUUUGAUGUGAGAUUUUAAAGUUAAGUGGCGAAAACUUCAAUUAAUCUCGUGCCAUUUUCGCUCUAAGAGAGGGCUGGGAAUUGCUCUCGUUGCGCUUGUUUGCUGAAACAAACAAGAUUAAGACUACAUACAGGCAAUCUGGCGUGAAUGUUGCCACUAGCGUGACGUUUAUUUGUCUCAAAUAUUACUUGAUAACCUUAAGAAAAAUUACAGGUACUGUAUGAUAACGUCAGGUGGGGCAGACGAAAAACUGCAACAAGCCACAAAAAGAGGCCGUCCCUCCCUUCACCCCUCGCCACCCCAAAUCUUGCCAAGUGUCUCGAAUGGUUUUAUCAGAGAUUGUAAGUUCCUUCCAAUGGGGAAGCUGUAUGUGCGUUAACACGUUUCUACAUAUGCUAAAGGUCUGAGAAAGAUGUUAACUGUUUAAUUACUGCCAAAGUCAAGUCAGGGUAGCCCUAUCAGUCAUUGGCUGGUAUCGAAAGGGACCCUGGGUAAAUUAUGUCUACAUGAAAAAAAUUUUUAAAAGAUUGCCCUUUGCGUUUAGGAACCGUGCCGUAAAUAGUCAUCUCCCAGAUCACUGGUCUUCAAUGUCGUCUGAAAAAAUAUAUAUACGUAUUAAGCUAGAACCUUCUUCAAAAGAAUUUAAAAUAGUGGAGCGUUUAUUUCGACAUACAAUGAAAGACGAGGACGUCAUUGUUGAAAUAAAGAGACUGCAGAAUCCUUUUCUGUGGGAAAAGUAUUGCAGGUAAGCCAUCUUUGUUGCCGAUCUUAUACGUAUCUGGGUGACUGACCUCCUACCCCUCCCCUAAACCAACAUUUUGCCUUAAGUGAGAAGUAAGUGCAGGAGCUGAUUACUAACCGGCUCCUGGUAAGUGUUGAUGUUGGUUUAGGGGAGAGCUAGGUGGUGAGUUACCCAGAUACGUAAAAUGAUCCUUUGUUGCCAACUGAAAGUUAUUGCUGGGUCAAGUAAUCUUUGCCUCCUUUUCUCCUUCCCCUUUUUCUUUCUUGCCAUCUUUUGCCAAAAACACAGCGGCAGUUGAAUUAUAUAAAAUUUUACAAUUACUCUGCUUGAUUAGUUAUCACCAUUCUAAGUAGACUUUAUCUACUGGUUUGAUUUAUAAUGAACAAACUGUUUGAAAUUAAAAUACAGGCCAAUAAUAAUAGAUUAAGUAAGAUCUGUGGGUCUUUUCUUUUGUUGUACGUAAUCUGUGCCUCGGUACUACAGAAGGAACCAGGGGCCCGUUUCUCGAACGUCCUGGUAACUUUUCGGGCCCGAAUUCAAAUAUUCAAAUCGAAAUAUAAAGAAUAAGAGCGCAGGUCCUGGCUAGCAGACUACUCCAUUUUGUUUCAUUAACUGACAGUUUUAUCAUGUUAGAUGCAAAACGGUUCAGGGCCAUUAGUAACUAGAAACCGAUUGACGAAUUUCCUAAGAAUUGUUGUUUCUCAUUAUUCUCAUCCAAGGAAAAGAGAAUACAUGGAAAGGUACAGACCACUGGAAUCGGCGAAUGAAAAGCAGUUAUUUCACGGAACCAGCAAACAUUCCGUAGGUGCCAUUUGUAAACAAAACUUUGAUUGGCGCGUUCCAAUCAAAAAUGGAAAUGGUUUAUAUGGCCAAGGAAUUUAUUUCGCAGAAAAUGCCUCAGAUAGCAAAUAUUACGCAAAACCAAGUGAGCGUCAUCAUCGCUACAUGUUUUUGGCCCGGGUAUUGGUUGGUACGUACACCGUCGGCGCACGUAGUUACUGUAGACCGCCACGUACAUAUUACCUCGAUCCCGAGAGUGAUUUGUACGAUUCGUGCGUGAACAACGUGAAGAAUCCGACGGUCUUCGUUAUCUUCGACAACGAUCAAUGCUAUCCAGAAUACAUUAUCAAGUAUCUCACGCUGGAGGGCGCUGAUGGCUUUCUCANAAAUAUAAAGAAUAAGAGCGCAGGUCCUGGCUAGCAGACUACUCCAUUUUGUUUCAUUAACUGAUAGUUUUAUCAUGUUAGAUGCAAAACGGUUCAGGGCCAUUAGUAACUAGAAACCGAUUGACGAAUUUCCUAAGAAUUGUUGUUUCUCAUUAUUCUCAUCCAAGGAAAAGAGAAUACAUGGAAAGGUACAGACCACUGGAAUCGGCGAAUGAAAAGCAGUUAUUUCACGGAACCAGCAAACAUUCCGUAGGUGCCAUUUGUAAACAAAACUUUGAUUGGCGCGUUCCAAUCAAAAAUGGAAAUGGUUUAUAUGGCCAAGGAAUUUAUUUCGCAGAAAAUGCCUCAGAUAGCAAAUAUUACGCAAAACCAAGUGAGCGUCAUCAUCGCUACAUGUUUUUGGCCCGGGUAUUGGUUGGUACGUACACCGUCGGCGCACGUAGUUACUGUAGACCGCCACGUACAUAUUACCUCGAUCCCGAGAGUGAUUUGUACGAUUCGUGCGUGAACAACGUGAAGAAUCCGACGGUCUUCGUUAUCUUCGACAACGAUCAAUGCUAUCCAGAAUACAUUAUCAAGUAUCUCACGCUGGAGGGCGCUGAUGGCUUUCUCAAGAGGAGCUAGUGCAUUUAGGCCGGCAUCAUCUGCGGUAUCCAGGAGACAAGUUUCGCCGGCAUAUCCCAAAAUUCAAAGACCACCAAAACAACUGCCAUCACCCCCCAGAAAAUAUCAAAGGAUUUUCUCUGUUUCCUAUGUUUAA